AUGCAUAGGCGCUCAACUGUUUUAUUUGUCAAAUAAGCCACAGCUCGUGUUAACUGGUGUCUCCUUGGUAUUCGCCUUCUAACGCUUGCAGCGCGGCAAAAUGGGAAAGUUAGGGGAGCUACUCUCACAUCCAAAUGAGAUCAUGCCACUGCUGCGCAUGUAUCGCGCAGCUAAGCGCGCCACCAAGCUUCCAAAGGACCCGGACCUGGCUUUCUGCUACGGGAUGCUGAACGACGUGUCUCGAAGCUUCGCCAUCGUCAUUCAGCAGCUGCCCAACCCGCUGCGCGACUCCAUCUGCGUGUUCUACCUGGUGCUGCGCGGGCUGGACACCGUGGAGGAUGACAUGGCACUGGACGUGGACUUCAAGCUGCCCGAGCUGCGUCGUUUCCAUGAGCGCAUAUACGACAGGGGCUUCACGAUGGAGUGCGGCUACAACCACUACAAGCGGCUGAUGGCGCAGUUCGGGGUGGUGGUGAACGUGUUCCUGGCGCUGCCGCCGCCGCACCAGGCCGUCAUCGCCGACAUCACGCGGCGCAUGGGCUACGGCAUGGCGGAGUUCAUCGAGAAGGAGGUGGUGACGGUGGCCGACUACGACAAGUACUGCCACUACGUGGCGGGCCUGGUGGGCAUCGGCCUCAGCCAGCUGUUCGCCGCCAGCGGCCUGGAGGCCAACUCCAUCGGCACCGAGGAGGACCUGGCCAACCACAUGGGGCUGUUCCUGCAGAAGACCAACAUCAUCCGCGACUACCUGGAGGACAUUCUGGAGGAGCCGGCGCCGCGCAUGUUCUGGCCCCGUGACAUCUGGGGCAAGUACGCGCCCGCGCUGGCCGACUUCAAGGAGCCGGCCAACAGGGGGGCGGCGGUGCGGUGCCUCAACGACAUGAUCACGGACGCGCUGCGGCACCUGCCGUACUGCCUGGCCUACAUGGAGCAGCUGCGGCACGUGAUGGUGUUCCGCUUCUGCGCCAUCCCGCAGAUCAUGGCGGCUGGCACCCUGGCAGCAUGCUACAACAACGGCCGCGUGUUCGAGGGCGUGGUGAAGAUGCGGCGCGGCGAGACGGCCCGCAUCUUUGAGACCUGCAACGACCUGGGCGACCUGUACACCUGGUUCCUGCAGUUCCUGGCGGCCAUGGAGGCCAAGGUGUCAAACGAGGUAGACCCAACGGACCCCUCGCUGCCCCUCACGCGGCAACGCAUCGCGGAGGCACGCAAGGCCUGCGCCGCCAAGCUCACAGAGUGGAAGCGCACGCACCCGCCGCCCAGCGAGAGCGGCGCCGCGCUGACCCGCGACUUCCUGGCGCUCUCUAUCACCGGCGCCUACUUCUACUACGUGUGGCAGCUGGGCGGGCCGGGCUCGGAAGCGCUGCCGGAGCUGCUGCGCCCCUACGCCUGGGUAUUGGAGCAGCAGGCGGGGCUGCAGAAGGCCGUGAGCCUGGCGCUGCUGGUGCUGGUGUUCCUGCUGGUGGCGGUACUGCGGCGUGCGUGAGCGGGGGCGUGUGUGGGCGCGGGGGCGUGCUUGGGAGGGGGCGCUUGGGGUGGGCUUGGAAGGGGGAGGCGAAGGGUAAGUUGGGGUGGGGUGCUCGGCGGGGGCGUGGGUAGGGAAGGGUAGGAGGAGCGUGGCGCUUGGCAAGAAGCGCAGGAGCGGACCGCGCGCGCCGAGAUUCGAAAGAGGUGGGUUUCGGCAGCGGUGAGGCGGCGUUUGCGGUGGCGCAGUCGGCUUUAUAUAUAGUGUGAUUACUCUUGAAACCCAAUCCAUUUUUUGCGUUUUGGAUCCGAAGAAGAGCUGUUGACAGGCGUUGGAGGAAAUCCGGAUUCCGGGUUGCUCCUCGGGCAAGGCCCCUCGGAAGGAGAACAACCCAUGCGUGGCGAAGUACCGAGCUGGGGACUGCUUCCUGCAGACUGCAGAGUGUUGUGGUUUCUCAUUUUGCUGCGAGCUGGCCAUUACUCACGCGUGUAAAUCAACAGCGGUUAACAGUUAGCAAAUGAGGUGGUCGGGGCGGUGCUGUGGGCUCUUGCUGCUCGGCGCGCUUACUGGUGAGUUCCAGGGGCGGCGCGGGGCCCGGGGACUGGGGAUUCAAGUCUGAGUCAGGGGUCAGGGGUGAGCUGGCGAGGCCUGGCGAGGGCAGCUGCACAUUUGCUGCCGCCGCAAGGCGCCGCGGACCCACGGUUGCCACGGUAUGCUGAGUGUGCGAUGGGACAGUGUCAAGGCAGGUGGUAUGCUGAGUGGUGGACCCGCUGACCCGCCCGCACCUUGGCCGCAGUAAGUGCUGUUGCGGUGACGGUGGCAGCAGAUGCGCCGGAGAGUGCAUCGUCCACGGGUGAGCGAUGGGGGCUGGUUCGCCGUACGCGUGCGCAGCGUCAUGGGGUGAGCCUGGAGCACCAUGGUGGUGGACCAGGUGUGACGCAGUUGCUCGCUCCUUCAUCCUUGUGGUUCGAUCUGGGGUC